AUGGUUGAAGCGUAUUAUCACGACAACGACGAUUCGGUGGAUUUCCGAGAGCCACACAACUCGGGUGAGAAGGUUUCUUUGGAACAGCUCGAGCGCGUCGGCGCUUUUUACAAGCAUUGUCCCACCCUCGCCGAAGUGGAUCAGGUGUCUCUGGACCGGGCUUACAAGAACAGAGACUCGGUCAGCAUCUCGUCAGAGAGCCUGGGCGACGCACUCAUGCCCAAACUCAAAACGUUCUACGCCGAGCAUCUACACGAAGACGAAGAAAUCAGGUACAUUGUCGAGGGCGAGGGAUACUUCGAUGUGCGCAAUGAGCCCAACGACCGUUGGAUCCGCUGCAAACUCGUCCCAGGAGACCUGCUCGUGCUUCCUGCGGGCAUGUACCAUCGUUUCACUCUAACGACGCAGAACUAUGUCAAAGCCAUCCGUUUGUUCAAGGACGAGCCCAAGUGGGUCGCUCACGGCAGGCCUGAUGCCGACAAUUUCGCCAUACGUCGCGAGUACUUAGCCUCUGUCCAGCUCGCCUGA